CAGGGCAGGCUGUGCAUGUACAGAGGGAAGGAAGUCAUUAGUGCAGGCUGAGCCGUGGAGUUUGGGGCUCUUGCUGGAUUUCCCCACCAGUAUGUAACUUUGUCCUUGUGGCAGUUUUUUGUGGGCAGAAUUGGGCACCCAGCCAAGGCUGCUCCUUACACUGCAGGGUCUGUAGGGCAUGUUCUCCUGAUACACCUUUGGAAUUUACUUCGUGAAAAUUUGACUGAAGCAGAAAUGAAUCCUGGAGUUGGGAAUUCUUCCAGGCUGCGUGUGAGGGAAUCAUUGGUUUGAUCUUUGUUAGCAGAGUAGCUUGGAUGGCAGCGGGAGUGUGUGUGUGUGUGUGCUGAUUUCCUGCAGGAGAGAGAAUUGCAGCUCCUGCUUCACCAAGGCUCUUCCCUGAAGGAGAAUCCCUAUUCUAGGGAUCCAUAAGGCUGCAGGUCUCCCUGGAGAAUGACUUGUCCAGGCAGUGGAGUUGCUGCUUCUGGGACUUCCUGAUGGGCAGGGUUUUUAUGGCAUUUCCACCAGUUUUUCUUGAGUUAAAUUCCAAGAGACUCGAGACUUUUCCCCUUUUUCUGGCUCUGUAAUUUCCUUCUCCAGUGACUAUGGCAAAGAUUUAAAGGGGCAAGACGGAGGCAGCAUGACUUGCAGCUGCAGCUUCCCUGCAUCCGCCACUAGCAUCCAGACAAUAUCUUGAUGCUCAACGUUUCUGCUUUACAAAUAUGAUGAAAUGGCAGCCCCGGAAGAAGGCGUACUUCCGACAGGGUGUUGCCCUUCAGUACCUUGGACGCCAUGCAGACGCACUGGCAGCAUUUGCAUCUGGGCUGGCUCAGGAUCCCAAGAGUCUGCAGCUUCUUGUUGGGAUGGUGGAAGCCGCCAUGAAAUCUCCCAUGCGAGAGUCACUCGAGCCAACCUAUCAGCAACUUCAGAAGAUGAAGCUGGACAAGAGCCCCUUUGUGGUGGUAUCAGUGGUUGGCCAGGAGCUCCUGACUGCAGGCCACCAUGGUGCUUCUGUGGUUGUGUUAGAAGCUGCCCUGAAGAUCGGCACUUGCAGCUUGAAGUUGAGGGGAUCAGUGUUCUCUGCUCUGAGCAGUGCUUACUGGUCUCUUGGGAAUACAGAGAAAAGCACAGGAUACAUGCAGCAGGACUUGGAUGUAGCCAAGACAUUAGGUGACCAGAUGGGAGAAUGCCGAGCUCAUGGGAAUCUGGGCUCCGCAUUCUUCUCCAAAGGAAAUUACCGGGAGGCCCUUACUAACCACAGACAUCAGCUGGUGCUCGCCAUGAAACUCAAGGACAGAGAGGCAGCUUCCUCAGCUCUGAGCAGCCUGGGCCAUGUGUACACAGCCAUUGGUGAUUACCCCAAUGCACUGGCUAGUCACAAGCAGUGUGUUCUCCUUGCAAAGCAAUCCAAAGACGAGCUCUCGGAGGCCCGCGAGCUGGGUAACAUGGGGGCAGUGUACAUUGCUAUGGGGGACUUUGAGAAUGCGGUGCAGUGCCACGAGCAGCACCUGAAGAUUGCCAAGGAGCUGGGGAACAAGCGGGAGGAGGCGCGAGCCUAUAGCAACCUGGGCAGCGCCUACCACUACCGGAGGAACUUUGACAAGGCCAUGUCCUACCACAAUUAUGUGCUGGAGCUGGCUCAGGAACUGGCCGAGAAAGCCAUUGAGAUGCGGGCCUACGCUGGCCUGGGCCAUGCUGCCAGAUGUAUGCAAGAUCUGGAGAGGGCCAAGCAGUACCAUGAAGAACAGCUGGGCAUUGCUGAGAGCCUGCAGGACCGAGCUGCUGAGGGCAGAGCCUCUUCCAAUCUAGGGAUCAUUCACCAGAUGAAAGGCGACUAUGACUCUGCCCUGAAACUCCACAAGACUCACCUCUCCAUCGCUCAGGAGCUGAAUGACUAUGGCGCGCAGGGCAGGGCCUACGGCAACAUGGGCAAUGCGUACAAUGCCCUGGGCAUGUAUGACCACGCUGUGAAAUAUCACCGGCAGGAGCUGCAGAUUUCUAUGGAAGUGAAUGAUCGGGCCUCGCAGGCAUCCACCCAUGGGAACUUAGCAGUGGCAUAUCAGGCCUUAGGCGCCCACGACCGAGCCCUGCAGCACUACCAAAACCACCUCAACAUCGCCCGGGAGCUGCGGGACAUACAGAGCGAGGCCCGGGCCCUCAGCAACCUGGGCAACUUCCAUUGCUCGCGAGGAGAGUACGCACAGGCAGCCCCUUACUAUGAGCAAUACCUGCGCCUGUCCCCUGAGCUGCAGGACAUGGAGGGGGAGGGGAAAGUUUGCCACAACCUUGGCUAUGCCCAUUACUGCCUUGGGAACUAUGAGGAGGCUGUAAAGUACUACGAGCAGGAUCUCGCCUUAGCAAAGGAUCUACACGACAAGCUGAGCCAAGCCAAGGCCUACUGCAACCUGGGCCUGGCGUUCAAGGCCUUAAUGGACUUCAGCAAAGCUGAGGAGUGCCAGAAGUAUCUGCUGUCUCUGGCCCAGUCUCUGAACAAUUCCCAAGCCAAAUUCCGGGCUCUUGGGAAUCUGGGAGAUAUUUUUGUAUGUAAAAAAGAUGUAAAUGGUGCAAUAAAAUUCUAUGAGCAGCAGCUGAGCUUAGCCCACCAUGUCAAAGACAGGAGAUUGGAGGCCAGUGCCUAUGCAGCCUUGGGUUCUGCAUACAAGAUGAUACAGAAAUAUGACAAGGCCUUGGGGUACCAUACACAGCAACUGGAGGUUUACCAGGAACUAGGGGAUAUGCCGGGUGAAUGCAGAGCUCAUGGCCACCUUGCUGCAGUGUACAUGUCCCUUGGGAAGUAUACCAUGGCAUUCAAGUGUUAUGAAGAACAGCUGGAACUUGGACAGAAGCUGAAGGACCCCAGUAUAGAGGCCCAAGUCUAUGGUAACAUGGGCAUCACCAAGAUGAACAUGAAUGUCAUGGAGGAAGCUAUUGGCUACUUUGAGCAGCAACUGGCCAUGCUACAGCAGCUGAGUGGAAACGAAGCUGUGCUGGACAGAGGCCGGGCAUACGGAAACCUGGGGGAUUGUUAUGAGGCUCUAGGAGAUUAUGAAGAAGCCAUAAAGUAUUAUGAACAGUACUUAUCUGUAGCUCAGAGUUUAAGUCGCAUGCAAGACCAGGCGAAGGCCUAUCGGGGCCUGGGAAAUGGACACAGGGCAAUGGGAAGUUUGCAGCAGGCUCUUGUGUGCUUUGAAAAGAGGCUAGUGGUGGCCCAUGAGCUCGGGGAGGCGUUCAACAAAGCCCAAGCCUAUGGGGAGCUGGGGAGUCUGCACAGCCAAUUAGGAAAUUACGAGCAAGCCAUCUCCUGCCUGGAACGGCAGCUAAACAUCGCCCGAGAAAUGAAAGACCGGUCUCUGGAGAGCGACGCUGCCUGCGGCCUGGGGGGAGUCUAUCAGCAAAUGGGCGAGUACGACACGGCACUGCAGUACCACCAGCUGGACCUGCAGAUUGCAGAAGAGACCAACAAUCCCACAUGCCAGGGCAGGGCCUAUGGGAACCUGGGAUUAACGUAUGAGUCUCUGGGCACCUAUGAGAGGGCAGUGGUUUAUCAGGAGCAACAUCUCAGUAUUGCAGCUCAAAUGAACGACUUGGUGGCCAAAACUGUGUCCUAUAGCAGCCUCGGGAGGACACACCAUGCCUUGCAGAACUACUCUCAGGCUGUGAUGUACUUGCAGGAAGGACUGAGACUUGCAGAACAGCUGGGGCGUAGAGAAGAUGAAGCCAAAAUCCGCCAUGGCCUGGGCCUCUCCCUCUGGGCUAGUGGGAACCUGGAGGAGGCCCAGCACCAGCUCUAUAGGGCGUCGGCACUGUUUGAAACCAUCCGCCACGAGGUGCAGCUGAGCACAGACUACAAGCUAUCGCUCUUUGACCUGCAGACAUCAUCCUACCAGGCCCUGCAGCGAGUGCUCGUCAGCCUUGGCCACCACGACGAAGCCCUGGCUGUGGCAGAAAGGGGGCGAACAAGAGCGUUCGCUGACUUGCUGGUGGAACGUCAGACUGGACAGCAGGACUCUGACCCCUAUUCGCCCGUCACCAUUGACCAGGUUCUGGAGACUGUGAAUGGCCAGAGGGGACUUGUUCUCUACUACUCGCUGGCUGCCGGCUACCUGUACAGCUGGUUGCUUGCUCCUGGGGCAGGAAUUCUGAAGUUUCAUGAAUACUAUCUGGGUGACAGCAUGGCAGAGAAUGCCGGGGACAUCCAUGAAGCAAGCAGCGUGGGCUUCCAAACGGUUACUAAUUCAGCACUGGAGCUCUACAUCUCAAGUGUACGAGAGGCACUGGGCGUGGACUCCUACUAUACCCGAGCCUGUGCCAGCAGCGAGACAGAGAGUGAAGCUGGGGACAUCAUGGACCAACAGUUUGAGGAGAUGAACAAUAAGUUGAACUCAGUAACUGAUCCAACCGGCUUCCUGCGAAUGGUCAGCAGGAAUAACCUCUUCAACAGGAGCUGUCAGAGCAUGACCAGUCUGUUCAGCAGCACCAUGUGUCCUGCUAAGGAUGGAACAUCCUCUCUUCCCAGGAGGCAGAGCACCUUCUCCAAACCCCCGUUACGUGUGCUCUAUGACCUGUUGAUAGGGCCCAUGGAAGGGGGUCUGAUGCAUUCCAGUGGUCCAGUUGGCCGCCAUCGCCAGCUGAUACUAGUUCUAGAGGGAGAACUGUACCUUAUCCCCUUCGCUCUCCUGAAAGGAAGUUCCUCGAAUGAGUACCUCUACGAGCGCUUCAGCCUCAUCGCAGUACCAUCCAUCCAGUCACUGAACCCCAGUUCCAAGUCCCUUUUGAAGAAGAAUGCUCCUGCUUAUUCCAGUUCUACCUCAAUGGCAGCUGUCAUAGGAAAUCCCAAACUCCCUGCAGCAGUGAUGGACAGAUGGCUUUGGGGGCCUAUGCCCUCUGCAGAAGAAGAGGCCUAUAUGGUAUCUGAAUUACUUGGCUGCCAGCCUCUGGUUGGCAACGUGGCAACGAAAGAGAGGGUCAUGAGCGCACUCACUCAGGCAGAGUGUGUCCAUUUUGCAACCCAUGUGUCCUGGAAGCUGGCUGCCUUGGUCCUAACGCCCAACGCUGAUAGCAACCCAGCCAGUAGCAAGAGCUCCUUUGGGAAUCCCUACACAAUUCCAGAAUCCCUCCGGAUGCAGGAUGAUGCCAGUGAUGUGGAGAGUAUCUCAGACUGCCCUCCUCUCCAGGAGUUCCUGCUCACAGCAGCCGACGUUCUGGAUCUGCGGCUUCCUGUCAAAUUAGUGGUUUUCGGCUCCUACCAAGAGUCCAACAGUAAAGUCACUGCUGAUGGGGUCGUCGGCUUGACACGGGCAUUCCUGGCUGCUGGGGCUCAAUGUGUCUUGGUGUCACUCUGGCCUGUUCCUGUGGCCGCAUCGAAAAUGUUUGUGCAUGCCUUCUAUGCCUCCCUCCUGAAUGGAACGAAAGCCAGUGCAGCCCUCGGAGAGGCCAUGAAAACAGUGCAGAGCAGCAAGCAGUUCUCCCAUCCAUCCAACUGGGCAGGCUUCAUGCUCAUUGGGAGUGAUGUGAAGCUUAACAGCCCUUCCUCACUAAUUGGACAGGCCCUGACAGAGAUUCUGCAGCACCCGGAGAGAGCACGAGAUGCCCUGAGAGUCUUGUUACAUCUGGUGGAGAAAUCACUGCAGCGAAUCCAGAAUGGGCAGCACAAUUCCAUGUACACCUCUCAGCAGAGUGUGGAGAAUAAAGUUGGUGGCAUUCCAGGCUGGCAGGCACUACUCACUGCUGUGGGGUUUCGACUUGACCCUCCCGCUAGUGGUCUUCCAGCUGCAGUGUUCUUCCCGACUUCAGACCCCGGUGAACGGCUACAGCAAUGCAGCACCACCAUCCAGUCCCUCUUAGGUUUGCCUAACCCAGCACUUCAGGCACUUUGCAAACUUAUUACUGCUUCAGAGACUGGAGAGCAGCUUAUCAAUCGGGCUGUUAAAAAUAUGGUGGGAAUGCUACAUCAGGUCUUGGUUCAACUCCAAGCAGGAGAGAAGGAGCAGGAUUUCUCCUCUGCACCGAUCCAGGUUUCCAUCAGUGUCCAGCUCUGGAGGCUUCCUGGCUGCCACGAGUUUCUGGCAGCCUUGGGUUUUGACCUUUGUGAAGUUGGGCAGGAGGAGGUGAUACUGAAAACUGGGAAACAAGCUAAUAGGAGGACCAUGCACUUUGCUCUCCAGUCCCUGCUGGCACUUUUUGAUUCUACAGAGUUGCCCAAACGUCUUAGCCUGGACAGUUCCUCAUCACUGGAAUCACUGGCUUCUGCUCAGUCCAUUUCCAACCCAAUGCCUUUGGGAUAUCAGAACCCUCCAUUCUCUCCUACUUGUCCAGACAGUAUUGCAUCAGACGCCAUUUCUGUGUACAGCCUGAGCUCUAUCGCUUCUUCAAUGAGUUUUGUUUCCAAGCCAGAGAGCACAUCAGAAAGUGCAGGGCACAGAGGGCGACAGGACUAUGAAAGGCCUAAGAAUGUCUGUCCGCAAAGGUCCUCUGUGCCACGGAGCCAGCUGUCUCCACAGACCAAUGCUGCAGCCAGCAAAGACAAUGAGGAGUAUGAAGGAUUUUCUAUAAUCAGCAAUGAGCCUAUGGCAACUUAUCAAGAAAAUAUAAAAUCAAGAUUUUCCCCUGAUCACAAACAAUCCAAAGCUGGUCAGUCUAGCGGGAUUAAAGUUUCUGUCAGUUCCAAAGGGAGCAUAAGUACCCCAAAUUCCCCUGUUAAAAUGACUCUUAUUCCCAGUCCAAACUCACCUUUCCAAAAAGUUGGAAAACUUGCUAGUUCUGAUACUGGAGAAUCUGACCAAUCUAGCACUGAAACUGACAGCACUGUCAAAUCCCAAGAGGAGAACAAUCCAAAGCUCGAUCCACAAGAGUUGGCCCAGAAAAUUCUGGAGGAGACUCAAAGUCACCUUAUUGCUGUUGAACGUCUUCAAAGAAGCGGCAGUCAGAUGAGCAAGAAGAACUCGGAAGAUGGAGCAGCAGCUGGUGCUUCUGUAUUCAGAGCCUCAGAGACCAGUGCGUUCAGUAGGCCACUGAGCUCCAGUCAGAGGAGUCAUCCUUCGCCAGUUACAAUUAAACCAAAGCCUCCAACAAGGAGCUCAUCCCUUCAGAAGGUGAGUUCCGGAUAUAACAGCCCCACAACAUCGGAGAUGUCCAACAAAGACGGCACAGGCCCAUACAGUGGGCAGCCUUCUCCAAGUUCUGACUCUCAUGGCUCGUUAACUGAACAGUCUCACUUUAAACUCAAGUACCCUAGCUCUCCUUAUAGCGCUCAUAUUUCUAAAUCUCCCAGAAAUAUCUCCCCAAGCUCAGGACAUCAGUCUCCCGUGGGCAGCACCCCCUCUCCUGCUCUCUCUUACUCCUCAGCUGGUUCUGCUCGCUCCAGCCCCGCUGAUGCCCCAGAUAUAGACAAAUUAAAAAUGGCUGCCAUCGAUGAAAAGGUGCAGGCCAUCCACAACCUGAAAAUGUUUUGGCAGAGUACUCCCCAACAUUCCACAGGCCCCAUGAAAAUUUUCCGAGGAGCUCCUGGAACAAUGACUGCUAAGAGAGAUGUUCUCAGCUUGCUGAACUUAUCUCCACGGCACAGCAAAGCUGAAAGUGCAGACAAGCUGGAACUUAAGGAGUUAUCUAUUCAGCAACACCUUGCUUCUCCACAAAAGAAUCCUCCAAAUGGACACAGGCGCCCUGAAACUACCAAUGCAGUGACUUCAUCCCAUUCUCCACCUUCCAAUAGCAUUCCAGGAACGGUACGCCCCUUGAGGCUGCCAUCUGGAAAUGGUUAUAAAUUUUUGUCACCAGGGAGAUUUUUCCCUUCCUCCAAAUGUUGAAAUGUCUUUUGUACCAGUUGAUUCAACUUGCAAUCACGUAAAGGUUCUCAGUAUUUGCUUCUACCCACUUGCCUUGAUCAAUACAAAACCACAGAAUAUUACCCGAGAAGCCUGGUCACAUCCACGAUUAGGAGUGCUGAGUAAUGAGACAAAUUAGCCUGGCACAGUGCAUUACAGUAUAUGACAAGGGCCUUAUGCAAAUAGGUUUCAGUUCCUCUUGUCAGUACUUUGGCCAGAUGCACCUGAUGACCGUUUUGUGUAGCGUUCACAGCUAAUUCUGUGCAAAAUGUUAGCCUUUAAACCACCUACAUGUAUUUCUUAUCCUGAAAGGAUGUUUACAGUUGGAUUUUUAUACAGAAUUUAUACAUAUCCAGGGAUUGGGGAAGGAGGCGAGACGAGGCAAAUCUUCCAUUUUAUGCCACAACGAUAAUGCACACAACAUUCUGUCCAGAGAAGAAGUACAAGCCAUUGCUUUUAUGCUUCCAGGGGCUGCGCGGGGGAGUAGAUGAUGAUGUAACUUGGUGAAAUUGCUGUUAGCCAAAUGCAAGCAUAUGUGAGAAAAUGCUAGCAAUGUACAACUCCUUGGCAACAUUGUAUUGGUGAUUACAACACAUCAUUCUGGUGCUGUGCUGGUGACAUGCCGAUAAGGUAGAAAUGGAUGUUCCAUUCUUAAUUCCUCUUUCAGUUAACUUUUUCUGAAGAAAUACCUUUUAGGCUGAAAUUUCCAUUGAGUGAUCUGACCCCAAAAGAACAUUUUGGUAAGUAAUGAACAAAAUCCCAUAUCUGAGUAGUGGGAGAGUGACAGAUACAAGUUCUGGUUUUACAAAGUGAUACCUUUGUUGCACAUAAUUUUACAAGGGUAGGUUUUUCAUAUCGGCAGGUAGCUGGUCAGCAUUAAACUUUUCUGUUUAAUUCUGAAAACGAGAGGGAGAUGCACAGUGAAUGUGAGAGAGGGUUACGCAGUGUGCAGGUCCUCAGCAUGCAGAAAUCAGACACUGACAUGUGAUCUAGUGAUCACAUGUUCAGGGAGCUCUCUCCAUUACUGCUAGAUCUUCCCAAGCGUCUUCCCAAUCUCUUUCCCUGUUAUCUUGCUUUCAGGGCCAAUAUAUGCAAAUUAAAUAGGUCUGUGUCAUUGUGCAAACAGACUGCACAUUAAAAUCUAUGCAUCUGGGCCUGUUAACCCCUUCUCCCUGGGCCAAGUGGGAAAGCCAGGAGCACUCCCGCAGCUAGGAGGGGAGGACAGGCUGGGCAACAGCCAACACAGAGUGAGGCAGAGCUAAGGCAGUUGGGAAUCAGGCUGGGGACACUCGUUGUUUUUAAAGAAGGCCAUUAAAUACAAACCACAGAGUUAAUGUAACAAAGACAGAAUUUACGUGCACUGAAGUCAGGACAUACACAACAACAUAAACUCAGCCACACUGCACAUCUAGCUCAAAGCAAAGUAUUAUACAGGCAAUGUGCUGUGAGUUUUUGAGCAAGGAACAAAGUGAAGGCACCUGGCUUCUGCUCUAGACUCUUCCCCAAUUCACUGUGAGACUUUGGACUAGUCACUUCACCCCUCUGUGCCUGAGCGCCCCCAUCUGUCAAAUGGGGGUAGUAAUACUUACCUACCUACCUCACAGGGGUGUUGUGAGGCUUAAUUAAUUAGGCCUCGAUUUUUAGUUAGACUUCAACUCAGCUCCUGGUAUUGUGCUCUGUAGUAGAGGCCUAUCUACAUGAAUUGUGGGUGCAAUCAACUGGCUCGGCUUCUAGCUGGGCAUGGCUGUAGAUGCAUAAAAUUGUGUCACCCAGACCCUUUUUGAAGCUCUAGGUCUUAACGUUUGUGACGCUCUUUGAAAUCCUGGAUGAAAGGUGCUACAGCAGUACAAAGCAUUAAAUUCUCAUGGCUAUAAUAUAAAAUACUGGCCCUGAUUAGCAUUUAAAAACCCUAUGGUUUGGAGAGAAAUGUUUGCCGUAUCACAACUGCAAGAAACUAAAUGCAAGCACUACAGAUACCAGAUGUCAGGGCAUGUGCAUGUAGACAGUUAACAGAGAGAGGGAUGAUCAUGAAACUUUCAGUGCAAAAGACCAGGAAGAGCUUAAUGCUCCACUUACACAUAUUAGAAAAUGUGGCAAAACAGUAAGCUAAAUCUAGUACAUGUCUUACUAGAUGAAAAUUAUUUGGCUCUUGCAUUACAGCUUCCUAUGUGGGUGAAGUAACAUAUUUUAUUGGCCCAACUUCUGUUGGUGAGAGAGAGAAGCUUUGAGCUCCACAGAGCUCUUCCUCAAGUCUGGGAAAGCCAGGUCUAUACUACGGACUUAUAUUGGUAUAACUACAUCACUUGGGUGUGAAAUAUCCACACCCCUGAGAGACAUAGUUAUACCAACCUAACCUCUCGCCCCCUUGUAGACAGUACUGUGUCGACGGGACAGCUUCUCCCAUUGACAGAACUACCACCUCUCAGGGAGGUGGAUUAGCUCUGCAGACACUUCUCCUGUCAGCACAGGAGUAUCUUCACUUAAGCACUACAGCAGCACAGUUGCAGUAUUUUAAGUGCAGACCUAAAAGUAUGAUAGCUAAAUACAAGAUAGACUAGAUAGUUUAGUACAAGCAAUUAGCACAUAUUUUAAGGGACUGUUCAUGGUGAAGUGGCCCAUUAACAACCCUGCUGUCGUAGCACAAAAAGGGGGGUUAGUGGGUUAUAAAGACGGUUGUAAUAAGCCAUGAAUCCAGUGUCUCUGAUCAGUCCAGGAUUUUUAGUGUCUAGCAAAGUUAUGAAUUUAAGCUUCCAGGCUUGUCUUUUGAAAGUGUUGUGCAGGUUUCCUUUGAAGAUGAGGACUGAUAGGUCAGAUAUACUGCGAUCCCUUUGAAAAGUGUUCAUCCACAGGAGACAGGGUUUUUUUGUCCUUUAUCGUCUUCCUGUGUGAGUUCAUUGAGGAGCAUAGUGAUUGUCUGGUUUCACCCACGUAGUUGUUGUAAUUGUUAUUAAGGCAUUUAGUACACUAGAUGAGGUAAUUCAAAAAGACACGCCUGUGAACUUAAAUUCAUGACCUUCCUAGACACUGAAAAUACUGGCCUUAAAUAGACACUAGAUUUGUGGUUUAUUACAACUAUCUGUAACCAGGCUACAUCUACACUACAAAUUACUUGGAAAUAAUUUACGUCGCUCAGGAGUAUGUCCUAUGUCUACAGGGGUGUUUUUGUCCUAUGUCUACAGGGGUGUUAACAGGUCACUUCAACUUUGAAUGGUCCCUUAUAAUAUGUGCUAACUACUUAUGUGAAACUGUCUGUUCCAUCUUGCUGUGACACUCUUUGGGCUUGUCUUCAUGUACAGCAGUGCAGCUGCGCUGGCAGGAAGACAAGCCCUUAGGCUACGUCAACACUGUCAGAAAGUUGUGGUGCUAAAGCCUUGCCGCUGUAAGGCACGCAGUGUACCCACUCUGUGUGGGCAGGAGAGAGCUCUCCUGCCAUUGAGGGGCGGUAGCAUUGUCGGCGAGAGAGCAUGUCCCACAGACAAAGUGCUGUGCACACCGGCGCUUUUCGUUGGUAAAACUUCUAUUGGUCAGGGUAUGUUUUUUUCUCCACCCGAGCUACAAAAUUUUACAGACUAAAGUGCAGUGUAGACAUAGCCUUAGUACUUUUCCCAGACCUGAAGAACUCUGUGUAGCUUGAAAGCUUCUCUCUCACACCAACCGAAGUUGAUCCAAUAAACAAUAUGACCUCACCCACCUUGUUUCUCUAAUAUCCUAGGACCGACAUGGCUACAACACCACUGCCUUCAGCUUCCUAUGUGACAGUUUGGCCCAAGGGGUUAUCCUUUCUUAAUUAGCCCAGAAGCAUUAGAAUAAGGGGAAGAAAUACGUCAGUACAACAGCUAAGAAAUGUUGUAAAUGACGACGAAGAUGUUGAUGAUGUAAAUUAAUUUAGCCACAUUUGUUCAGGCCACUGAGAGACCCCAUAGGUUCCACUCCAGUUCUACUCAACUUUACCAUUCUGGUACAACAUCUUAGAAACAUCAAGAUUGGAGGUGGGCACCUUUUCAUUUACAUAACAGCACAUACUCCCUGCUGUGCUGCAUGAUAUGCCAGAAAUCCCCCCAUAUAUGUUCCGUACAUGGUGCUAUAAUCAUACAGAACUGAUACAGUUCAAACGCUGUUAUUUUGGUACAGCCUAUUUUCACACCUCCAGAGGGCUUCGUACUAGCAACUGAACUUUCAGAAAAUGUGGAUCAGUAAAAAUGUAUUAAAGAGGAAAGUGAUUAGGGUGCAGAGAAGAGGGGAGUUCAGUAUUUGGGGAACUGGUGGUGUAUAAAUAUGGAUGAUUUGGGGACUGCAUUUCUAUGGACACAUGGCACUUCUACUGGUUUUACUGAGAGCUGUGAACUUCACACGCUUCCUGCCUGCUCCUGGGCUGGAGACACCUCACAAACCCUCAAACCUCACUUCCCCGCCCCAUAGAUGAGAAAUGAUCAGAUUUGCCAUUUAUGUGGUAAAAUUCAGGAACCCAUUGUUCUCCUUUUUAUAUUAGAAUCCCUUCUGUGGAAGUUACAUGCGUUUGUCGUCGUAUUUGUGCAUGGUACAAGUGAUAACACUGCUUAAUAAGAGCAAUAAGAACUAGGUAUUAUCCACUUUCACGAUAAAUCUCCCACAUGCAAAAAAUAUCCCCAAGGCAAUAGAAUAUAUUUUUGUUUAGUUUUGCCCAGUAUGUUUUUCUGUGUGAAAUACUAAUUAUGAAUAUUUUGUUGACUGUCUUUAGCUAAAUGGAAAGAGCCAAAAGUCAAAUUUUGUCCUUAUUUCAUUAGGUGGCCUGAACGAGCCAGGUGCGGAGUCUCCUUUUUAUCAGACCCUUAUUUAAACAAGAAAACAAAAAGGUUCAUAUUGAAAAACCGUUGAGGUAAAGGUAGCGAAGGGGACACUCCAACCACGAUCCUACCCCUCAGCGACAGUUCCCUUCAGCUGGUACCACUUUUUCACUGAACAUCUGUUUUAGGUUGUAGGGUAGGUACCAAGCUUGCAGAAAAUCUGCAUGCCCAUUUAAGAAGCACUGAUCACUUGAGGCUGGGUGACAAUGAAUUUGAGUGAUUUCAGUAAAUAUGGGAAUAUUGUAAUGCAUCUAUUCUGCCAUGUUGUCCAGAAAGGCUGUAUGUGUGUAUUGUGAACUGGGCUCUUAUGUUGCAGAAAUCUUGCAAAAGAACUUUGAAGAUGGUAACUCAAGGAGGAUUAGUCAGCUAAGACCCUUCUCCCAUGCAGCAGCUUUUUAGCAGUCACUCUCCUUGUAUGCAGUAUUAGCCAUGUUUGGCCUAUAUGGACUUUUUUGUAAAUUAAAGCUCUGUUUCCAGACAGCAUUAAACAUUUUAUAUUACAAAAUUUACCAUGUAAAAAGAAUUUCAUAUUUUUAUUGAAAUUGCUAGGGCAUUUGGCCUUCUUUCUUUGUGAUUUCAGUGUCUAUUAAAGCAUGAGUUCUCUCAGUA